AUGGCACAUCAAAGAACUGAGAUGGGUCUAGUGUUGGUCCUAGCGACCAUCCUCUGGACUGGAGCCACCGCACAGUCUAGCAGUUGCACGAGCACGAUAAUAAGCAUGUCACCCUGCCUCAACUACAUUACUGGCAACUCUUCAACCCCAUCUUCAAGCUGCUGCACUCAGCUUGGCAACGUUGUUCGCUCACAGCCACAGUGCUUGUGUCAGGUCCUAAAUGGUGGUGGCUCAUCCCAGGGGCUCAACAUCAACCAAACUCUUGCUCUGGCAUUACCUGGUGCUUGCAAUGUUCAGACUCCACCCCUCAGCCGUUGCAAUGCUGCUUCUCCAGCUGAUUCUCCUGUGGGAACUCCAGAAACUCCAAGCACAGUACCAUCAGGACGGGGAUCUAACACAGUACCAUCAACAGAAAAUGGUGCAUCAGAUGCAACCUCUACUAAGUUAGCAGCUCCUCUGCUUUUCUUCCUAUUGUUCAUUGCAUCAUACGCUUCGACCUCCACACUCUGCUGAGUUCUGUUAUCUGUCAUCCUAUUGCUCAGUAUACAGUCCUACGUAUAGAAUGAUUGUUUACUUCAAAGUUCCUUUUUCCUUGGUUGAGUGUCUCAUGUAAUAUUUAUUCUUUUGUAACCUCUUCAUUGGUUGAUAUGGUUUUUGUAUGACUGAAGAGAUUUGCUCUCUUCCCUUUGAAUAAAGAUGAUUCCUGC